AUGGGAAAAUAUAGAAAGAAACCGUUGACGGCAAAUUCAGAAUCAAAGCCUCUUCAAACAUCUCGACCUAGUAAAAAGACAAAAACAGAAUCAACUCCGACCAAUCCUUCAUCUUUACAAAAAAAACGUAAGCGUGGAAAGUCUGACUCGAAUCCGAAGCUCGCUAAGCACAGUCGCCCAAACUCAUCAACGGAUGAGCAAGAAUUUGUUGAGAUUGGCAAUCUGGGCUGGUCUGAGGUUGUUUGUCCUGAUUCGGUAUUUCUCGGCGAUGACCUUGGUGGAUUUUUAUGUCUUGAAGAGAUCGAUGGGGUUGAUAUCGAAUAUAAGGGAAAUGAUAAAGUGGGGAAAGUGGUAAAAUUCAAAAAAGUGAAGGGCUGGAAGCAAAAAAAUUCUAAUAAAAGAGACUCUGCAAAGCCCGAGGAACCCUUAUCCGUCGAAGAGACACAGAAAUACUAUGAUCUUGAUGAGUUCAAUGAAGAGCUAGCAAAAUUGGAGGAUGCAGGAGAGCAGGAUGAUGCAUCGAGUGGCGCUGCGGGCAAAAGCAAAAAUCCGGAUAAACAAGAGGACAGACUUAUGAAUGAAAGCGGACCUGAAGAAGUCAAUGACGAUGAUGAUCGGGAGACUGUCGGUGAUUCUGACACUGACGGAGAGUUGAAGACGUCGGAAAAUUCCAACAAGUCUCCUUGGUCGACUUUUAACCUCUUCCCCGCGAUAUUGGAAGCUUUAGAGUCUCUAAACUUUACCAAACCAACUCCUAUUCAAGAGAAGGCGCUGCCUUUUGGGUUAUCCGGACGCGAUGUCAUAGGCACCGCCGAAACAGGGUCUGGGAAGACUUUAGCUUUCGGCAUUCCCAUCCUACAGUAUUUACUAGCAAUGAAUGAAAAGGAGAGGGAGUGUGAGUUGGCGGGGUUGAUUCUGGCGCCUACGAGAGAAUUGGCAAUCCAAGUUAAAGACCAUCUCAAGGAUAUUGGCAAGCAUGCGCGUCUGAAGAUGAUGAUAAUAGUAGGUGGCAUGUCAGUUCAGAAGCAAAAUCGCCUGCUAUUGCAAAAACCUAAUAUAAUAGUUGCCACACCGGGACGCUUAUGGGAUAUAAUUUCCGCCGAUUCUACUUUUCUAAACCGUCUCCGUUCGAUCCGUUUUCUCGUUUUAGAUGAAGCCGAUCGCAUGUUGGAAAAGAAUCAUUUCAACGAGCUUUCGCAAAUAUUGACGGUUCUUUCUCGCAAGCGCGUACAUACAGAUGAAUGGGGAGCAGAAGUAAAAGUCGCCAAUAUUGAUUUACCUCCGAGACAGACAUUUGUGUUUUCUGCUACAUUAGAUGCUAGUUUGAAAGAGGAUUUGAAGAAGAAGAGGUGGAAGAGUAAGAGUGGAGACGGGGAAAAAGAUAAAGAUGGGAAAAGCGGUACGAUGGAAGAGCUGAUGGGGAGGUUAGAGUUUCAAGAUGAACAACCAGCAUUUGUGGAUGUGACUUCCGAUGAUAUAGUUCCGGAAUCGCUUGAGGAAUCAAAGGUUGAUUGUACCGUUAAUGAUAAGGACGCCUAUGUAUACUAUUUCGUUCUUCGAUACCCAGGUCGUACUUUAAUAUUUGUUAAUAGUAUUGACGCUAUCCGUCGGUUGGUUCCUGUGAUGAGACUUUUGGGUGUUGAAGUGCUUGGACUACACGCUCAGAUGCAACAGAAGCAACGCUUAAAGAAUUUGGACCGAUUUAAGGCGAACAUCAAAGCAGUGAUGGUAGCUAGCGACGUUGCAGCCAGAGGUCUAGAUAUUCCUAUGGUAGAACACGUAAUUCACUACCAAUUACCUCGCUCGGGAGAUAUAUAUGUCCACAGAAGUGGAAGGACUGCAAGAGCACAUAAAUCAGGAAUAAGUUUAAUGCUUUGCAGCCCUGAAGAACAGAGCUUAUAUAAAAAGAUAUGUUAUAAGCUCAAGAAAGCUGAUGGACUGCCCGAUUUCCCUGUGGAACAUGGUAUUGUAAAGAAACUCAAGCAACGCAUAAAUCUAGCGAAACAGAUCGACGCCGAGGAGCAUCGUCUGCAGAAGGUUGGUCAUGAUGAUGACUGGUAUAAGCAAGCUGCCAAAGAACUUGAAAUUGAUAUUGAUGAAGAUUUACUAAACGAUACGGAUAUUUCCGAAACGAAAGAGAAGAAGCAACGUAUCAAGUCACUUAAAGCUCAGUUGAAAUCCCUCUUAUCGCAGCCAGUAAUUCCAAGAGGUAUAUCAACAAAAUACAUCACAAGUGGCGUCGUGAGGGAUUUGGCUGAUCGAUUGUUAGAUGAGAAGACGCGGGUUGCCAGCAAGCCGUUUUUACCCCAAUUCUGCGCUUGUUUCCUGCCAAACACUUCCGAGAAUGUAGAAGCAACUUAUAAUUGGGAGGACCCAUUAUUGUUGGAGAAGCAGCUGACAGACGAAGAAUUAGCUGUUCGUGAAACUGCUCGUGCAUACAGUAAUGGUAAACUCUUUCCGAGAAUAUUAGAAGCAUAUCGUCAUGAACAAUUUGACCGCGAUGUGCUACACGAAAUGGGAGCAUUGGGUCUGCUCGGUUCAACGAUAAAAGGAUAUGGAUGUGCUGGUGUAUCAUCGGUCGCAUACGGUCUUAUUGCACGUGAGAUUGAAAGGAUCGACAGUGGCUAUAGAUCUGCCAUGAGCGUUCAGUCUUCAUUAGUUAUGCAUCCGAUUUAUGAGUUUGGAUCACAAGAGCAAAAAGAUAAAUAUUUACCCAAACUAGCUAAAGGUGAAAUGGUGGGCGCAUUCGGAUUAACCGAACCUAACCAUGGCUCAGAUCCAUCUGGCAUGGAGACCUAUGCUCAAAAGAUAGGCCAUACUUAUAUUCUCAAUGGGGCAAAGACGUGGAUCACGAAUUCACCCAUUGCCGAUAUCUUGAUUGUUUGGGCAAAGUGCAAAGAGGAUAACAAAAUACGUGGAUUCAUACUUGAAAAAGGGAUGAAAGGUCUAUUUACACCCACGAUUGAGGGUAAGUUAUCCCUUCGAGCAUCUAUCACCGGAAUGAUAAUGAUGGAUGGUGUUGAAAUUCCCGAGGAAAACAUACUUCCUCAUGUCGAGGGCCUUAAGGGCCCAUUCAGUUGCCUGAACAAUGCAAGAUAUGGAAUCGCAUGGGGUGUUCUUGGCGCUGCGGAAUUCUGUCUUGCCCAAGCGCGUCAAUAUGCACUUGAUCGUCGUCAAUUUGGAGUACCGUUGGCCAGGUUUCAGUUAGUUCAGAAGAAGUUCGCUGAUGCAAACACUGAAAUAGCACUCGGUCUACAAGGAUGUCUUCGUGUCGGUAGAUUGAAAGAUGAGGACAAAAUAGCGCCCGAGAUGAUAUCCCUGAUAAAGCGUAAUUCGUGUGGGAAAGCGCUUGAAAUUGCACGAACAAUGCGAGAAGUUUUAGGUGGAAAUGGUAUCAGCGACGAGUAUCAUAUAAUUAGACACGAGCAGAACUUGGUUACCACUAAUACUUAUGAAGGAACACAUGACAUUCAUUCUUUAAUUAUUGGAAAAGCAAUAACAGGUCAUCAAGCAUUUACAGCAUCGUAA